GGGAUAAAGCGGGGCCGGAGCGCGGCGCCGCCAGGUCCCCGAGCCCAGCGCGCUGGAUGGCGGCGCCCGCGGCCGAGGCGAGGCAGCGAUAGGGACCCGCGCCGCCCUCGCCGUCCGCUCCGCCCGCGCCCGCGCCCGCGCCGCCCGGCCCCGGGACCCCGGCCUCGAUGGCGACCAUGGCCGCGAGCCGCCUGCUGGCCGUGGCGCUCGCGCUGCUCCAGAGUGCGCUGAUCCGGCCCUCGGCCGCGGAGCCGUUCCCCUCGGCCGUCACGAUCAAGUCCUGGGUGGACAAGAUGCAGGAAGACCUGGUCACUCUGGCAAAGACCGCAAGUGGGGUCACCCAGCUGGUCGAUAUUUAUGAGAAAUACCAAGAUUUGUAUACUGUGGAACCCAAUAAUGCUCGGCAGCUGGUGGAGAUCGCAGCCAGGGAUAUUGAAAAACUUCUAAGCAACAGGUCGAAAGCCCUGGAGCGCCUGGCUCUGAAAGCGGAGAAAGUACAAGCGGCCCACCAGUGGCGGGAGGACUUUGCUAGCAAUGAAGUUGUCUACUACAAUGCCAAGGAUGACCUUGAUCCUGAAAAGAAUGACAGUGAACCAGGCAGCCAGAGGAUUAAACCUGUUUUCAUUGAGGAUGCUAAUUUUGGAAGACAAAUCUCCUAUCAGCACGCAGCGGUCCACAUCCCCACCGACAUCUACGAGGGAUCAACAAUAGUGUUGAAUGAACUCAACUGGACAAGUGCCUUAGAUGAAGUUUUCAAGAAAAACCGAGAGGAGGACCCUACCUUGCUGUGGCAGGUGUUUGGCAGUGCCACCGGCCUGGCUCGAUAUUAUCCAGCUUCUCCAUGGGUGGAUAACAGCAGAACUCCAAACAAGAUUGACCUUUAUGAUGUACGCCGGAGACCAUGGUAUAUCCAGGGCGCAGCCUCUCCCAAGGACAUGCUCAUUCUGGUGGACGUGAGUGGCAGUGUCAGCGGCUUGACGCUGAAACUGAUCCGAACGUCGGUCUCUGAAAUGCUCGAGACGCUCUCCGAUGAUGACUUUGUGAACGUCGCCUCUUUUAACAGCAACGCUCAGGAUGUAAGCUGCUUUCAGCACCUCGUCCAAGCAAACGUAAGAAAUAAGAAAGUGUUGAAAGACGCAGUGAACAACAUCACGGCCAAAGGAAUCACGGACUACAAGAAAGGCUUUAGUUUUGCUUUUGAGCAGUUACUUAACUAUAAUGUGUCCAGAGCCAACUGCAACAAGAUCAUAAUGCUCUUCACGGACGGAGGAGAAGAGAGAGCACAGGAGAUAUUCACUAAAUACAACAAAGACAAAAAGGUCCGUGUGUUCACCUUUUCCGUUGGUCAACACAAUUAUGACCGAGGACCCAUCCAGUGGAUGGCUUGUGAAAAUAAAGGUUAUUAUUAUGAAAUUCCUUCCAUUGGAGCCAUAAGAAUUAAUACUCAGGAAUAUCUGGACGUCCUGGGAAGACCCAUGGUUUUAGCAGGAGAAAAAGCUAGAAAGGUCCAGUGGACAAACGUGUACUUGGAUGCCUUGGAACUGGGGCUUGUCAUUACUGGAACUCUUCCGGUCUUCAACAGAACUGGCCAGUCUGAAAAUGAGACCAAUUUGAAGAACCAGCUGAUCCUGGGUGUGAUGGGUGUGGACGUUUCCUUGGAAGACAUUAAGAGGCUGACACCACGCUUUACACUGUGCCCCAAUGGCUAUUAUUUUGCAAUUGACCCUAAUGGUUAUGUUUUGCUGCAUCCGAAUCUUCAGCCCAAGCCUAUUGGUGUGGGUAUCCCAACAGUUAAUUUAAGACAAAGAAGACCCAAUGUGCAGAACCCCAAAUCUCAGGAGCCGGUGACUUUGGACUUCCUGGACGCCGAGCUGGAGAAUGAUAUCAAAGUGGAGAUUCGGAAUAAAAUGAUAGAUGGAGAAAGUGGAGAAAAAACCUUCAGAACGCUAGUUAAAUCUCAAGAUGAGAGAUACAUUGACAAAGGCAACAGGACCUACACGUGGACACCAGUCAAUGGGACAGACUACAGUUUGGCCUUGGUAUUACCAACCUACAGUUUUUACUAUAUAAAAGCCAAAAUAGAAGAGACAAUAACUCAGGCCAGAUCAAAAAAGGGAAAAAUGAAGGAUUCAGAAACCCUCAAGCCAGAUAACUUCGAAGAAUCUGGUUACACGUUCAUCGCGCCAAGAGAUUACUGCAAUGACCUUAAACCAUCUGAAAACAACACUGAAUUUCUUUUGAAUUUCAAUGAGUUUAUUGACAGAAAAACACCAAACAACCCAUCAUGCAAUACAGACUUGAUUAAUAGAGUCUUGCUGGAUGCAGGUUUUACCAACGAACUUGUCCAAAAUUACUGGAGUAAGCAAAAAAAUAUCAAGGGAGUGAGAGCUCGGUUCGUUGUGACGGAUGGCGGGAUUACCAGAGUUUAUCCCAAAGAAGCUGGAGAAAAUUGGCAGGAAAACCCAGAAACCUACGAGGACAGCUUCUACAAGCGGAGCCUGGAUAAUGAUAACUACAUCUUCACAGCUCCUUACUUUAACAAAAGUGGACCCGGUGCCUACGAAUCAGGCAUUAUGGUAAGCAAAGCUGUAGAAAUAUACAUCCAAGGAAAACUCCUUAAACCCGCAGUUGUUGGAAUUAAAAUCGAUGUGAAUUCCUGGAUAGAGAACUUCACCAAAACCUCAAUUAGGGAUCCGUGUGCUGGCCCAAUUUGUGACUGCAAAAGAAACAGCGAUGUGAUGGACUGUGUGAUUCUGGAUGACGGCGGGUUUCUUUUGAUGGCAAAUCAUGAUGAUUAUACGAAUCAGAUUGGACGAUUUUUUGGAGAGAUUGACCCUAGCCUGAUGAGACACCUGGUUAAUAUAUCAGUGUACGCUUUCAACAAAUCGUACGAUUAUCAGUCAGUGUGCGAGCCCGGCGCCGCCCCCAAGCAAGGAGCAGGACACCGCUCCGCACACGUGCCAUCGAUAGCAGACAUCCUGCAGAUCGGCUGGUGGGCUACUGCCGCGGCGUGGUCCAUUCUCCAGCAGUUUCUCCUCAGUCUGACCUUUCCUCGGAUCCUGGAGGCAGUGGAGAUGGAGGAGGAGGACUUUACCGCCUCCCUGUCCAAGCAGAGCUGCAUCACCGAGCAGACCCAGUACUUCUUCAACAACGACAGCAAAUCCUUCAGCGGCGUGCUGGACUGCGGGAACUGCUCCAGAAUCUUUCACGUGGAGAAGAUUAUGCACACCAACUUAAUAUUCAUAAUGGUGGAAAGCAAAGGGACGUGUCCCUGUGACACCAGGCUACUCAUCCAGGCAGAGCAGACUUCUGAUGGUCCGGAUCCUUGCGAUAUGGUUAAGCAGCCCAGAUACCGCAAAGGGCCUGAUGUCUGCUUUGACAACAGUGACAUGGAGGAUUAUUCGGACUGUGGCGGUGUUUCAGGAUUAAGUUCGUCCCUGUGGUCUAUUUUCGGAUUCCAGUUUCUGCUCCUCUGGCUGGUAUCUGGCAGCAGAUACUUCCUGUUGUGACCUCCCGAAGCCAAAACCACAUCAUUAAACUCCAGACCCUGCCAAAACAUGAGCCCUGGGUGAUGUCACAGUAGGGUCACCUGUGGAGUCAGCAAAGCGUUAGCUGGACCUGUAUCAUGGCAGAUCUAAGGCACAGACCGUGGGGCACCCCUGGCUGCAUGUCAGGGUGUCCGACCCGUGUCCUCGUGUGAAUGCUGCACCAUCUACAUAGACCAUCGAAGCAGACGUGCUCCGUGUGCUCCGCUGGGAGAGCCAGAGUUGCUGUGUUGCUGGUGAUGAUGUGCAGAAUGGCUCCCCACACUAUUUAUGAAUCAUAAAGAAUGUCUUGAAUUUGACCUGGAAUUCCAACAUGCUGCAGAUUUACUAAGAAAAUCUCUAGGGAGAAGUAGUUAGCUUUGCCUUCAUUUAUUCUGUUAAGAGUCAAUUCCUGCUUUGAGUAGUUCCUAACUGAAGAGGGACAGAGAAGGAGAAAGAAUUAACAGUGGUCUAAAUUGCUGAAGUUCAAAUCAUGGCUAACUUUCUACAAAAUAUUUUUGCCAGGAAUACAAUGCCUUAUGCAGAAUGAUGUCUCUGCCAGAAAUACAACACCAUUGAUGACCAAUUGAACGGGGUAGUGAAUUGAUAGUUUGAAAAUAAUAGCUAAGAAAUUAUUAAACUAAAGGUGCUUGCGGGUGAAAUUUGAAUUAUGACGUAAUUUCUCAUCAGUGUAAGCCCUACAAAGCUCCGGUGGAAUGUUCCUUUUGUUCUCAGUAUGAUUAUGUAGUGCUCGCCAGAAGCUCACAAUGCUCUAAGAGAAGCUCGCUGGGGGGAGGGGAAAUGUUUUUCUUGUGAUCAAUGAACUUGGGUUCCAAGGGUAUCUUGCAUGAUGCUGCUGCUGCUACUUUAACUUUUUGGUUUGUUUUUCUCUUAUUGUAGAGUGUAGUCUGUUUGGAAGUUAUCUGAGUGACAUUCUUGUCCUGUAAGAAGCUGAACCUUGCGCUGUAAAAUGCACUUCAGCCACCUUUCAAAACUGUCGUCAAACUACUCUGAAUAUACUGUGCAAUGUAAAUGCAGAAGGACGGGGCUAGACAGUGUCAGGACGAGAAUCAGUGGAUUUUAUACGAAUUCAUGCUUUUGCCUGAAAACCUAUGUACAGAUAUUUUAAGUACAUAAAUCAGAUUUAACACAUUUAUUUUUUGAAAAGUACAUGUAUGUUCUCAGUGAAGCUAUGUCCUAGGUUUCCUGUUCGCUCAUGUCCCAGGAGCGUGGCCAAUCCGAGCUCUGUCCUCCAUUUGUGAUGUUAUGAUCACGUGGCCAAAGUCCCAUGCCAUUUGAGGAGGGUUUCAUACCAAUCUGAGCACACAGGAAACCUCGGACCUAUGUAUGCACAUGAACACUUGAUUGUGAAUAAUACAAUUUGAUUUUAUACCGCCUCAUCGGUGAAAAUGGUUAGUGCAGUAAACCAGAUAUUUCAUUAUAGAUUAAUAUGGUAUCAAAAUAUUAUUUAUGCUUUUAAAAAUUAUUUUCAGGAAUAAACAGUAUUUAAAGAAAGGGGGAAAUAAUGAAUAUGUAACUUUAGGAAUAGUGCAUAAUUUUACUGAAGGCUGAAAGUAUGCAGAUAUUUUUAUGGUAAAAUGCAUUUUUCUUCAUUCAAACAUGCCAACUUUUGGUGUGUGUAUAUGCUGGAAAUUUUCUUAUAUAUAAUUUUAACAUCAAACUUAUUUACGUUACCCAGCAUGCUUCCAUGUGUUCUGCACAUCACAGUUUGAGCCCAUUCUUCAGCAAUGGUUAAGAUUUAUUUGUUUCUAGCUUUGUACACAUUUAUAAUCCCCUCUUACCGCCAAUGCAUCCUAAGCACCAUGUGUGUACUUCCUUAAUAAGGUCAUUUUUAAUUUUAAAAAGGGAGGGAGAAGUGGAAUCACUUUGCCAACUAUUGUUCUAAGAGUUGACAUCAGUUACCAUUUGUAGCACAUUGCUGUGGAUUUUUAGUCUAUUCAAAACUUGUAUCUUCAUUUUAGAAAACACCAAAGGGAUUUAAGAAAAGGUUACAAUGUGUUUAAAUCAUGUUUGUUAAUUAAAUAUUUAAAUCUUACUGUUAACUUUUGCUAGAAUUUUACAUCAUGGAAGUGUAGGGAAGGGGAUUUCAAAAAUGUCAAUUGUUAGUUCAUGUAAAUAAAUGACGCACAUAUAAAACAAGCAGUUGCUUCCAGCGUACAACAGACUACCUUAAGAUUACGCUUAAAGUCCACUCAAUCUAUUGGCCUGGGCAGUGUCCCUUGUGUUGUAUGUUUUCCUCAUUUGUUGUGUUAGUCGUGUUUCAACGUGGCAUCCUCGGCAGGGACCCCUUUGAUGACAGUUCUGUAGAGUGACAGCACGUACAGAGUAGGAAAUUGGGUAACAACUUGCUUGCAGACUAAAAACUUGUUUUCAGGAUCAAUGCAAGUCAUCCUGGGUUUACAUCCCUUUUUUUUCCCAAAGACAGUAACUCUCAUCCCAUCAAAUUGUUACAUUAAGUCUGCUAUUUUUCUGUGAACUCUUCUGACAAAAGACUUCCAGUCUGAUGAUAGUUUCCAUUUUCAAAGACUGAGCAGUGAAAGUGUUCAGUGAAAAAGCUUUUGAACUGUUCAUACAGAUUUGAUUUGUGCUGUGCCCAUGCUGUUGCACGUAGUGUGUCACUAACACGACAUCAUAGUAAGUCACGUCUGUCCUCUCUUACGGGACAGAGGUUUGCAUCAGUCAUUUUUUUAUCUUUCCUUUGUUUGAACAACCAGCAUUACUGCCAAACACCAGUCGUGGUCCACAUUUGUAACUGGUUUUUAACAUGACAUAGUUAGCGAGUUUGAUUGAAGAGACUUUUAGGUCCUGGCCUAUACAAUUUUAGUAUGAUCUUUUUCAUGUUUGUAAUGCUUGAGGCGUUAUUGCUUAACUUGGAAAAAACAAAAGCAAAACAGUGUUGCUGCCAUUUGUAAGUUUCCUAUCUAUAAUAUCCCUUUUGUUAACUUUAAAACUGGCCUUAUGGGGUUCAAAUAGGCAGUAUCCCUUUUAAGUGACCUUCGCAACCCAAGUGUUACUUGCUUAUUUGAUGCUCUCUCGUAAUUUUACAUCUCCUUUAAAUCUUUGUCUUGUUUUCACCAAAGUUUAAAUUCCGUGUCUUAGUUUAGAACUCUCAAGCUAUUCCAUUGAUCAUGUUGGUUGACAUUAGAAUGUCAGAAGACGUAGCGUCUCACCUAGUGAGAGGAAGUGGGUUUUGUGACUGACUCAUUUGCCCAAAUUCCAAUGUUCUAUUGUUAUCUGGACCUUGUAUUGUUUCUCAUAGCCGAAUGUUAAUAUUGUUAGUAUUCCAUAUACAUUUCUAGAAAGAUCAAAUCACUAAACAAAAGUAUCAAGUGUUAAAAGUUUCCAGAAAAUCUGUAAGAAUUAGGGAGCCCUUAUCAAUGGUUUCAUCCACCUUUUGUUCUAGUUCGUAUCAAAGUUAUCUCAGAGAAAUUACACUGAGACCAUGGGAUGCUGUCUCAGGUAGAUGCCAGUCCAGUUUCCAAGGUGACCUGGCAAGGCUGUCUUUCGGCUGUGUUGUGUGAUUGCUGGAUCAUGUUCUUAGGGAUUCUUUCAAUGAAAUACUCAAUGUGCACCCCUGAAAAAGGCCCUGUGGCUUUUGUGAACAAUAGAUCUCCACCCUCCCUUUAUCAUGUUCUCUUGAGACUUUUGUGGGACAUUAACUAGCCUGUUAAAAACAUUUUGUAAAAAUUUGUAUAAUACUGUUAUAAAAUAUUUAUAAUCCCAGAAAAUGUUGUGUUAAAUCUUGUGCAAAAACAGUAUAUUCAGAAUAAAAGUUUAUCAUUUAAAGUCA